AGUUCAUAAAGGAUACAAUCUAUUGUCUGGCAACACUGAAAAUAAUGCUGUCAAGAAUCUGUACUCAGUACACCUACUAAUAUAUUUUUAGGUUAGAAUUAAGUUUACGAUUUGCAGAGGACUUUGCAUAAAAUCAAGUGGACUUCAUGUAUUAAAGUUUUUCUACAAAUGAAUGGCGAGUUCAUCGGAUGAAAGUUUUGCGUGGACUACAGCUUCCAACAGUUCUAAUUGCAGCUCUGAUAGCGAUCUUAAAGCCAACCACAAGAUGAUUGAAAACGGGAUAGAUGAAGACUCUGAUUAUGGAAAGAACUACAAGAAAAAUCUACACAAAAAGUUAUUAAUAAAGAAUAAUGCUGAUGAUCAGUAUGAGCAAGAAUCGCCUCACCCAAAAGAGAAAAAAACAAAACGUAAAAAGCUUGAUGAUGAUGAUGAAGAUAUUGUAAGUCCAAAAAAGAAAAAAAUCAAACUAGAACCAGAAUCUGAUGUGGACACACCUAAGAAAAAGAAGAAGAAACAAUUGGAACAGCAACAGCCUGAAGAAUCAUUUGAUAUGUCAAAUGUAGAGUUAUCACAAGACUAUGAUGAUCUGAAUAUAACUGUGAAGGAAGAACUGUCACCCCCAUCCAAGUCUAAAAAACAAAGAAAGAGUACACAGUCUAAUACAAGUAUAUCUUCUAAUCAUGACUUGGAAUACAGCAUGAAUAAUAUUAAAGAAGAGGAAAGUAUUACUGAAUCACAAGAAAUAAGUUGUGCUGGGGAUAAUGACGAAACAUUUUCUAAGAAAAAGAAAAAGAAAAGCAAAAAACGGAAGCAUUCUAUAUGUGAAGAUGAUAAUGUGACACCAGAAGACAACUGCAGUGAUGGUUCAACAACAUACUCACAAAAUAAUGAUACAGACACUAUAAUAAAAAAGUCUCCUAUUAAAAAAGAAAAAUCUAAACAUAAGCAAGAAAUUAAAAAAGAAUACAACAGUAGCAGUGACCAGUUGGACCUAUCAAGUGAUCAUGAUAGUGAUAAGUUACACAAACAAGACAAUAAAAGAAAGUCACAUGAAAAUUCAGUAGGAAAUUCAAGUAAAAAUCAUGAAAAGGUUAAUAAAAGAAUGUCUAAAAUAUCAGAUGGACUAAAAUGUGAGGAUGCAAAUAAUUCCCUAAUAGACACUAGUACAAUAAAUAAAGUUGAUAUGACAAAGUCACGAAAAUUAAAAAAGUUUCUAAAAAUCAAUGAAAACUUGAAGCAAAUUUCUUCUAGUGAACAUAAUGAAUGGACACUUAAUUCUGAUGAUGAGAUUUGGGCAGUAAGGUGCCCACAAAACAUUGAUGUCCAUUCUUUUCUUGGCACAAAGAUAAAGCUAGAUAGAAAGUGUAAAGUCAAAAUUGAUGAUCAAACCCUUGUAGGUAAAAUGAACAGUGAAAGCACCUAUCUUACAGUGUUGUCUUCAGAACACAAUGAUUAUGUUAUAAAAAAAUUACCACUGUGUGGUACCUUACAUUUGCAUACAAAAGUACCAAAAGUGCUUGUCCCAGAUAAUAUUAUUCUUAAUAACGAAAACGACUUUGUUCCUCUACCUAACACAAAAAAGAGACAUCCAUUGUUUGGUUCCAAUUAUAAAAAAGCUAUAAAAGUUCCUAGUGCUGUAGCUCAAAAAUUGAAUGAAUCUUUCAAUGAUUCUAUUAGUGAAAAUAUUACAAAGAAAAAGAAGAAGAAAAAACAUAAAAAUGACUAUUCAAUGGAUAAUGAACAAAUGGAAGAAACACAUGAAUCAAUACCUACAGAUAAUACAUCUUUCAGCAGUAAAAAGAAGAAUAAAAAACGAAAACAUGAUGCAGACAAUGAGCACAGCAGUACAAAAUGUGUUAAACAUAAUGCAGAUGCAUCAGCAGUUUGGGAGUCUGAACAGGCAAUAGAAGAAAACCUAUUUAAUUCGUAAUAGUACAAAAGAACCAUUAUACAUGUACAGUAUAUUACAUUUAGUGACAAUGAAAAACUUGUAUUUUUUACAGAAAAUCAUUAAUUAUUACAUAUUACAAUAAGUACA